CUUUGUCAUGUAGUUGAACCAUUCAUUGCAGAUAACUUCUAAUACAAAACAUUUUCACUGUCAUUCCGGUAUUUUUCUCACUGCAUGAUUUAGACAAGAAAUUCUAGAAAUAUAAUGUUGUUUCUAGAGAUACUUUAAACUGUGUUUUGCUUUCUGGGUUUACACCAGAUUUCAUUCUUGUACUCUACUUCGUUUUGCUUUUUUUUUUUUAAUAUUACUACUAUAUAUUUUGGCAUAAAAAGUGUGAUUGUUUCAGUUAGAGUGUUUUAGGCAGCAUUAUAGCUGUGGUUAUUUGCUGUUCUUUUCCAGUUUCUUGUGCUGGAAAAAGGGUUCUGCUAAGUUUUCAUUUAACUGUUUCUAGUUGUUGCCGUUCACUGAAAAGGGUUUAAAGUUGUUCAAUUUGUGAGUCUUUGGAAAGGGUAGUCCAAAUUAUAUACUGUUACUUAUUGAAGCUGGCAUUUUUGGGUUGUUAAAUUUUGUGAGUCUUGGAAAAGGGUGUAGACUCCUGCAAUUUAGUAGGGAGUCAUGGCAUCUGCUGUUACUCUCCGGGUCUCGCCUUGUUUUGGGGUGAAUCCAAAGUUUAAGCCUCAUUUUCGAGUGCGAGCUGAGAGAUUAGGUGGUGGUGAUUUGUCAGUGUUGUCAUCUGAUGGGGUCUCAGUGAAUGGAGCAGGUUCUGUUAUUGGAGAGAAAGAAAAGAAAGGGUCCUUGAUUGAUGGUGGGAAUGGGAGGUUAAAGCCUAAAGUUGAGAAAAAAUUGGUGAAAGAAAUGGUUUCUGAAGAAUUGGAAGUGUUGUGGGACGAUGGUUAUGGUACUAAUACUGUGAAAGAUUACCUUGAUAGAGCAAAGGACAUGAUUAAGCCUGAUGGUGGACCACCUAGGUGGUUUUGCCCUGUUGAGUGUGGUCGUCCUGUAAAAGGUUCUCCUGUUCUUCUGUUUUUACCUGGACUUGAUGGUGUUGGGAUUGGCCUCAUUUUGCACCAUAAAGCUCUUGGAAAGGUUUUUGAAGUUCAGUGCCUUCAUGUUCCUGUCUGUGACCGAACUCCAUUUGAAGGACUGGUGAAAGUUGUUGAAGAAACUCUUAGGCUUGAGCAUGCUUCACGUCCGAAUAGUCCAAUCUAUUUGGUGGGAGAUUCCUUUGGAGGAUGUUUAGCACUUGCAGUUGCUGCUCGUAAUCCCACUAUUGACUUAGUGGUGAUAUUAGUGAAUCCAGCUACAUCAUUUGGCAGGUCACAGCUGCAACCAUUGUUCCCUAUAUUGAAAGCUUUUCCUGAUGAGCUACAUGUUACCAUCCCCUAUAUUCUGAGCCUUGUGAUGGGCGAACCAUUGAAAAUGGCAACAGUUGGUGUUGAAGGUAGGCUUCCCCCCACACAGAAAAUUGAACAAUUGUCUGACAACCUCACUGCUUUGCUUCCUCGUCUUUCUUGUUUGGCUGAUAUUAUACCAAAGGAGACUCUUGUUUGGAAGUUGAAAUUGCUUAAAUCAGCUUCUGCUUAUGCUAAUUCACGUCUGCAUGCUGUUAAAGCUGAAGUACUAGUGCUUGCGAGUGACAAGGAUAAUAUGCUUCCAAGUCGAGAAGAAGCUCAUCGUCUUAAGAAUUUAUUACCAAAUUGUGAAAUCCGUUUCUUCAAGGACAAUGGGCAUACCCUCUUACUGGAAGAUAGCCUGAAUUUACUGACUGUCAUUAAGGGCACUAGCAAAUACCGUCGUUCCAGGAGGCAUGACUAUAUCUCAGAUUUUCUGCCUCCCAGCAUGUCAGAAUACAGAUAUGCAUUUGGUGAAGUAACUGGAUUAUUACGUUUUGCUUCUUGUUCUGCUAUGUUCUCAACCAUGGAAGAUGGGAAGAUAGUGCAGGGGCUUGCGGGGGUUCCAAAUGAAGGCCCUGUGCUGUUUGUUGGUUACCAUAUGCUGAUGGGGUUAGACCUUCCUUGUCUUAUUGAAGCAUUCUUAAGAGAGAAGAACAUUAUGGUCCGAGGAAUAGCACAUCCAGAGUUAUUUUGGGGGAAAUUUAGGAGUGCAGGUAAUGAAUUUGCAUUCCCUGAUUGGGUCAAAGUAAUGGGUGCAUUACCUGUCACAGCAAACUACCUUUUCAGAGCUUUGUCCACAAAAGCCCAUGUUCUUCUUUAUCCUGGGGGUCAGCGUGAGGCCCUCCAUUAUAAGGGUGAACAAUAUAAAUUAUUUUGGCCAAAUCAACCAGAAUUUGUGAGAAUGGCAGCACGGUUUGGGGCCACAAUUGUACCUUUUGGGACUGUAGGAGAAGAUGAUAUUGCAGAAUUGGUUCUUGAUUACCAUGACCUGAUGAAAAUCCCUGGGGUUAGUGAUUUUAUCAACAAAGCCCGUCAGGAUGCUAUAAAAAUAAGGGAUGAAACAAAGGGCGAGGUAGCCAAUCAAGAGCUCUUUAUUCCAGGGAUGUUACCCAAGCUACCAGGCCGCUUUUACUAUCUGUUUGGAAAGCCGAUAAAAUUGAAGGGAAGAGAGGAUUUGUUGGAGAACCGAGAAGAUGCAAAUGAAUUGUAUUUGCAGGUUAAGUCAGAAGUUGAACAAUGUAUUUCUUACUUGUUGAAGAAGCGGGAGGAGGACCCAUAUAGGAGUAUAAUCGAUAGGACAAUCUACCGUGCAUUGUAUUCUCCUCUAGACCAAGUUCCAUCAUUCGAGCCUUGAAAAAUUUACUCUAGCAUAUGCAUCUUGAUUCUUUAACAGGCUUAGUUUUGUACAAUCUAUAUGGUAUAUUAUGUUGCACAAUUGUUACAAAAUUUGCAAAUACCAAAGGAAAAAAGGAAAUUGGUUUGUUUAUCAUUA